AUGCACUCAGCUCGCCGGCGCCGUGUAGACGGAGUUGAAAUCUUGUUCGAGCCGUCCUUUGAUCUCGAAUUGUGUCUUCGCAGCAAUCGUGCACUGGUGAACGUUUUACUACCACUUACAACCAUGUCUGGCGAGAAGAAAGCCACUAUUCCGAAUGGCAUCAAGUUCGCGUUUGGAGGACUGGCGGGUAUGGGAGCAACUUUGUUUGUUCAACCGCUGGAUCUGGUGAAAAACAGAAUGCAGUUGUCUGGGCUUUCAGGUAAAAAGGAAUAUAGAUCAAGCAUCCACUGUUUGUCGACAAUCAUUCGGAAUGAAGGCGUUUUGGCCGUUUACAAUGGCCUUAGUGCUGGUCUUCUUCGCCAAGCGACCUACACAACCACUCGUCUAGGAACCUACACCUACCUCUUCGAAACUUUCCGGAAAGGUGAUGCUGCACCCUCAUUCGCUAUGAAGGCGUCGUUGGGAAUGACGGCAGGCGCCAUCGGAUCGGUGGUGGGAACGCCUGCUGAAUUGGCAUUGAUUAGAAUGACAGGCGAUGGUCGGCUGCCACCAGAACAACGACGUAAUUAUAAGAACGUGUUUGAUGCGUUGAUCCGUGUAGUCAAGGAGGAAGGUGUACUAACACUGUGGAGGGGUUGUGCGCCUACGGUCGUACGUGCCAUGGUAGUAAACGCUGCUCAAUUAGCCACAUACUCGCAGUCAAAACAGGCUCUGCUCGAGACUGGAUACGUCCACGAUGGUAUUUUCUGUCACUUCCUUGCCUCUAUGGUCUCAGGCUUAGCCACAACAAUUGCAUCAAUGCCUGUUGACAUCGCAAAGACGAGGAUCCAGUCGAUGAAAGUGAUAGACGGAAAACCUGAGUACAAGAAUGCGUUGGAUGUGUGGAUGAAGGUGAUCAAAAAUGAGGGAGUGUUCGCACUGUGGAAAGGAUUUACACCAUACUACAUGCGUCUUGGUCCCCACACAGUCCUCACAUUCAUUAUUCUCGAGCAGAUGAACGCUGCAUACUUCAGGAUGGUGUUAGGCGUCGAAGCGAAAGGAGCGCUGUAA